UCGUUUCUAAGUAAAAUAAUCUGAUUUUGCCCUUUUCUCUCUCUUCAUUUUCGGAUCUGCUUCCGACGCCAUGAAGAAACCCUUUUCUGCAAAUUCGACUUCAAGCUUCAGUUUUCAUGGUUAAUCAGUAAAAAGAAGCUUAACUCUGAGAUAUGGAAAUAGCUGUUAUAGCAUUGAUUCUAGCUGUAUUACUUGGAGCUGUUGUUUUGAUACCUCGACAUGGUAAAUCAGCUCAUAAGAACAGGGUUAAAUCAAGUGUAGACGAUUCUAAGGCAUCCAAAUCCCACAGUAAGUCAGAAGUUAUGCUACAUGAUAAGAGGACAGAUUGUUGGAUCAUCAUUAAGGACAAGGUUUAUGAUGUUACCUCAUAUGUAGAGGAACACCCAGGUGGUGAUGCAAUCUUGGCACAUUCCGGAGAUGAUUCAACCGAAGGGUUUUUUGGGCCACAGCAUGCAACUCGGGUAUUUGACAUGAUAGACGACUUCUACAUUGGAGAUCUUCAGAAGUAAUUUGCAAGCAGCUGACCCCUGUUGGGUUGCAAGAUUAGGGAGAAAAACACUUCUUAGGUCUCUGUGUUAGCCCACUGGUUUAACCUAGGCAUGUGCUUUUUAGCUCAUUUAGUCUCGUUUUAGCACAUUUGAUUGUCGAGUCGAACGAGACUAAUAGAAAAAAAAGAUUGACGAGUCAAAUGCACUAUUAUAGGAGGUUUAAAAGAUUUUUCUCAUAUUGAUAUUGACAAUGUCAACACCAGUAAGAUGUUCGUUGAGGUGGUACAGACCUUGCCUUCUUAGCUGUUUGAAAUCGAAAGCGAAUUUGUCGA